AAGGGGAAGAAAAAGGGGAAGAAAAAGGGGAGAAAGUGGUAAAAGUAGAGAAUACGCGGUGAAUUAGAAAAAUUCUGGUAGCGUUGGGUGCACGCGGUGUGUUAAGUCACGACAGCGAGCGAGUGCGCGCCUACCCGAACUAGAUGUGCGUAAAUGGAAGGUAUAGGGGACAUAGCCGAUCAUCAAUCGCAUAGCGAGCAAUUACUGGACUCGGUCGAUUCCCCGGCGGCGGUCUCUACGCAUGGCCGCAGCGGCAGUGGGGGUGGUUCGAAUGGAAAUUGUGGCGGUGGUGGUGGAAGAGGUGGAGGAGGAGAAGGUGGUAGGGGAAGUGUUCUUGGUGGGGGUAGACACCAUCACCAUCAUCAUCACCAGCACCAUCAUCACCAUCUCCACCAACAACAGCAGCAGCAACAACAACAACAACAACAACAACAACAACAACAACAACAACAACAACAACAACAACAUCACCAUCACCAUCCUCACCACCACCAUCAGCAACACCACGAGGUUAACGAAAUUGGAGGUGGUAGAAGCGGCGGUAGCAACGGUGGAGGUGGUAGUAUCGAGGGUAUGUCAUCGUCGGCCUCUCAAAGUCCCGACAUCGCGUGCGCGAGCAUACCGAUCGAAUUGCUCAGGGCUGGCGCGCUCGACGUUAAAGAAGAACGAGAUCUCGUUGCCGCGGAAGAUCUCUCGUCGUCUCAGGAAGGCCCCACGAAGAGCAGCGCGAGGGAGUCCCUGUCGGUGAUCGUGCCACCUCAGGACGUGGACGUGGACUCGCGCGACGACGCCGACGACUCGGAGCUCCUCAGUCCGGGCAAGCUAACGCCGACGUCGGGGAUAAGCGUCUCGGUCGCGAGUAUGAUCGACGCGACGGACUUCAGGGCGAUGCAACCGGAGCCGACUUAUCAAACGUUGACGUCGGUUACCGAAAGAAUGUCGCCGCCUGGCUUCAGCCCGGGUUCCUCGUACGCGACGCUUACGCCGUUGCAACCGUUGCCGCCGAUUUCAACGAUGAGCGACAAGUUCGUAUACGGUCACACGACCGGCGGGGUAACCGGUAGCUUUGCAGUUAUGCAGAACAACGGCCUCGGUAACAUCGGCCUCGGUAUGGGCGGUUCGCCAUACGCGUACGACAAGAUACCUUCGAUGGGAAUGUCGCCACCGCACAAUUAUCCCUCGCCCGGUGCGGGCCUACAGCCGAGUCCUCUUUCGCCCCAGAGCGCUUACAGUCAAAGCGCCCUUAAUUCGCCGCACAAGUCCGCGAGUCCUCACUACGAUCAAGCUUUUCUACCUAGGCUGCAACAGAGUCCCGCCGCUCUUAGUCCGUCUUCGCCGCCGACCGUCUCGGCGACCGCCACUUUCGCGCCCUCGCAUCAUUCCCCGCCCGCGCACUCUGUGCCGGCGGCCUCGCCCCCGCCCAUACAAACGCAGCUUCAGCAACAACAGCAACAACAGCAGCAACAACAGCAACAACAGCAGCAACAACAGCAACAACAGCAGCAACAACAGCAACAGCAGCAACAGCAACAGCAACAAUCGUUAGCGGCGCAACAGACUAUAUCGCACACUCAGCACGUGCAACACACGUCGGUCGUCAUGAAGACGGUCUCCUCGGCCGGCCACGGUGCUGGCGAGGUCGAGGAGAUCAACACGAAGGAAUUGGCACAGAGGAUCAGCGCCGAGCUCAAGAGGUACAGCAUACCUCAGGCGAUAUUCGCCCAAAGGGUACUAUGCCGUAGUCAGGGAACGCUCAGUGAUCUUCUACGUAAUCCAAAACCUUGGUCGAAACUCAAAAGCGGCCGGGAAACGUUUCGACGAAUGUGGAAGUGGCUGCAGGAGCCGGAGUUUCAAAGAAUGUCGGCCUUGCGGCUAGCAGCUCUGAGCAACUGCUCUGAAAGCGGGGGCGAACCGGAAGCCAUGCUGGAUAUCCACCACCCAGGAAGCGGCAUCGACCCUCACCAUCAACAGUUUCACAACUCCUAUGCUGCACAGAUUCCACAACGCGGAACAUGCAAGAGGAAAGACGAGAUGUCGAAUCAGGCAGAACACCAACAGCCCGCCCCCAAGAAACCGCGGCUGGUUUUCACAGACCUUCAGCGCCGUACUCUACAGGCUAUUUUUAAAGAGACGAAGAGGCCGUCGAAGGAGAUGCAGGUGACAAUCGCGCGACAGUUGGGCCUUGAACCGACGACGGUCGGUAAUUUCUUCAUGAACGCUCGACGGCGUUCCAUGGACAAGUGGAAGGACGAGGAUCCGAAGACCGUGGCGGUCGAGGAGGGACAGCUAUCGCCAACAAUAGGUAUCGGACAGCGACAGCCAAGCGACGUUUUGUGACACACGUCCGACCACGAGGAGUACCACGACGAGUCACCGGAGGAGGAUCUACCCUUCUCGUAAGGGUCUCCUUCUCCGCCUUCCUUCUCUUCCCACCGAACGACAACAACCUCUUUUCUCUAUCAUUUCUAAUACGAGCUAACUUCGAUAAAUCGAUACCCAAGGAAAUAUGCUUCAAGCCCAAUAAUCCUGCCCAUAAUUAUGAAACUGCUCCAAAUAAUAUUCUAUUCGUUUACUUUCUAAUAAUGAUAGAUUGCUUUCACAAUUAUGGGCACUAAUCUAAUGCUCCAAAUUUAUAUUUUUUAAUUGCAUUUAAACAACGCGUUUUCUAUUUCUAUCGAAAGAUUUUCUCCGAAUGGGCUACAUACAUAUAUAUAUAUAUACAGAGGGUAGUAAUUCACGAAGAAAAGGUCAUCUAUUUGGGAUACGAUCCUUCGAAUAAUCUUCUAUUAAAAAAACCUAUUUAAACGGGUAAUCCGUUUGAAGAAUAAGUAUUGGACAAUAUAUAAUAUAUACUCGUAACGUUCGCGGGAAGCAUAAUCCAAGGGAAUUAAAUGUGGGGAAUAUGAGCAACUAAUUUAUGGACCAUUAAAUGAACUUAACGUCAUUAUUUAACGCGACCUCAGGAGUGAUCGUUUCAAAUGAAUGACCUUCAUUCGUGAAUCAUUCUACGUAAAAAUGCAUCAAUUUAUCGAACCAAGUUGUAUUUCUCGAUUCGACCGAAAUAAUCACGAUUGUUUUGGAAUAUUUCUUAUGACUGAUUUUUGGAUUUUCAAGCUUUUACUACGUUCUCUUGUUCUAUUUGAAACUCCAUCUAUGUCAAAGAAAACGACCGAGCUAGGGAAGUAUUAUGUAUACAUAUAUAGAAGGUCGUGCGUCAUAUACAACGUAUAAGCUUCUACCAAUGCCGAGGCAGCCAUUAUCUUAUGUCCGUGAUACUUUAGCAAGCAGCAACAUCAGUAACGGCAAUGGUAGCUUUGGAAAGAUACAGUCGUGUUUGAAAUUUUUUAAUGACUAGUGUGCAUACCUACAUAUUAUGUAUGCAUUUCUUUUUCGUUACCAUUCAACUUGUUUUUUUUUGUUAUAUUUGCCUAUUUUUCUUCUCGUCAAUUUUCUUUUAUUGUAGGCAGAAAAAAAAAAGAAUAUAUAUAUUUUUUCAGAGAAAUAUUUGGACGAAAAUGUCGGAGAAAAAAAAAUGGGAACGGUCGAUUCGAGAAGGUAGAAAACAAAAA